AUGGGAUUCGACCUUGAAGCUGCACGCAUCACCACAUUGCCUGAGGAUGCAUUCUAUAUAUCAGACUUCAUUACAGAGGACGAGGAGGAUUGGUUACUUCAAAAGGUAAAAUCAGCGCCGCUGCCGCGCUGGACCCAGCUCUCGCACCGCAGACUACAAACAUGGCCAUCAGCCCUCACCAAGAGUCAUUCUCUUCUUGAAUCCCCCCUACCAGCUUGGCUUAGAUCACCAAUCAUCGAGCCGCGGUUUGAGGCCCUGCGUAUCUUCAACGAUGCCCCCCACAAGGGGCCCAACCAUGUUUUAGUAAACGAGUACCAGCCCGGACAAGGGAUCAUGCCGCAUGAAGAUGGAGCAGCAUACUAUCCCCUCGUUGCGACAGUGAGCCUAGGGGCACCGAUUGUGCUCGACUUGUACCACAAACUCACCCAAGGCGACAGGGAAGAAAACGGUGCGCCAGCCGAGGCCGGAAGAGAUGUUGCCGGGAUACCCGACGCAAAUCGAAGACCUCAAUACAGGAUAUUGCAGGAGAGGCGGAGCCUGCUGAUCACAAGAGGCAAGUUGUACACGGAUCUUUUGCAUGGCAUCGAGGAAACGACGAGAGAUGAGGAUUUGGGGCCCCACUCUAUCUGCAACUGGGAGCUCUUGCGGGAGAGGGAGCCAUACCAGAGCGGGUGGUACGAGCGGCAGACAAGGACUAGCCUUACGUACAGGGACGUUCUUCAUGUUGUGAAGAUGGGAAAUACCUUGAAGUUUUUAGGUGGGAGGUAA